GUUCGUUAACAGGGAGCAAUGUGACCAAUUAAGCCUACACUGCUUCAUCACAUGUUAGAUUCAGUGCCGGACGUGACUACGGACAAAUUUUUCGACGCAUGGAGGAAGGCACGAUCGGUUUCGUGUCAUCACACUUGGGCUGACCAGAAGACCUGGAUCUUCGAUGAAACUCAAGUGAACGCCUAUUAUAUUACUAAUACCAAUACUGUGGUUAUUCCAACCGCAAUUCUCCAGCUCCCCUUCUUUUAUACCGGAACUCCUCCUGCUAUCAACUAUGGCGGCAUUGGCAUGGUAGUUGGUCACGAGAUUAUGCAUGGUUACGACGUAAAUGGGACCAUGUACGACGCUUCCGGGACGCACCGUCCCUGGGCAACGCCUGAGUUCCUAGGGAACUACACAGAGAAGGCUCUCUGCUUGCGAGAAUCUCACAAAGCUGCCAAGAAAAUGAAAGCCCGGCAGGCUCUGCUUGACGACACACUCGACUCGGAAAACCUCGCUGACUUCGCGGGCACCGCGACUGCUUACGCAGCCUACGCUUCGUUGCCCGCCCUCCAGCGGAAUCUGAAGCUUCCGGGCCUCAACUUGAGGGCCGAUCAUCUCUUCUUCGUUGCCCACUGCGCCAAGUGGUGCGAGAACGUGGACGACGCUUCAGCACGCUAUGCCGCUGGCCGCUCGCGCUGCAUUGUGCCACUUUCGAACAUGGUCGAGUUCUCGGACGCGUUCGGCUGUGCGCCAGGGACUCCCAUGAAUCCGCCCAAGAAGUGCGUCUUCUGGUUGUGACCGCGGUUCGUGGGCCUUGUGUAGUUUCACGCUCGACCUCCAUUGUGCCUUUAUUGUCAUUGGCAUUGGUGCUUAAGUUUUUGGUGAGAACAACCGGAGUAGCGCCACACAAAAGACUUUCCUUGCCCCUGUGUUUUGUCGUAUUGAAGCCUAAUAUAUGUGUGCGAUCGUAA